CAGCCGGAAUCUCCUCCACAACGUCAACUCACGCUUCCCUGCUCAAUCUAUUAUUUUCCUUUUGUCAAUCUGGGGUUGGGGACCAUUUGCACUACUCUCUGACUUUCACUUCCCACUUCCCCGUCUUUGAUGAAAAACAAAAGUCUGGAAAUAGUUAAAAUCAGAUUAAAUAAAUACAUCCACCCUCCCAUCACACACUCUCUCUCUCUCUCUAUCUUUUUUAUGGAAAUCCUCUUCCCCCCACCAAGCAAAGCACAUUUCACUUUUUCUUUGUUUUCUUGCCUCCUCUUUUCUCUUUCUCCGUUCUUCUGUCUCGUUGAGAUCUACAUCAAAUGGGUUGCUCGCAAGGUAGUUGCGUCGACUCUAUAGACUCUCUCAAGGUCCAUGAUGGUGAAAGAUUCGAGACAACUGCUUCUUCGUUAACUGAAAAUUAUGAUUUAGAUGAUAAUGAUCCCGAAACCGUAACUGUUUACAGAAGAAACAUGUUCUGGGAGCUGGGUUUGGGCUGUGUUCUUCCUCUAAGGAGGCAACGUGGUCGAAGAAAUGACCAGAAGCAAGGACAGAAGAAUAAUGAAGACGGUGAAGAGCACAAUAAGACGUGGUUGCUCGCAGGGUUUGGUGGGGGUGGUCCUGAGUUCACUGGUGCGGACCCACAAUCAGUCCACUCUUCUUUCAGGUUCAGCUUUGGUUCACAGGUGGAGCUUGAUGCACUGUGCUUCGAUUCUUCUGCUUCUGCCGCCACUGUUCUAAUGGUGAAUUUGGAUGCCGGCUUAGCAGCAUCUGGCGUAAGAGAUUUGAAAUGGAGAAGAAUUGAAUCUUUGGAGAGGAGCAUCUCUCCGGUGGCCGAGACGUUGGUCAGGUUCAGUUUUGGCGAAAUCCAGUCCGCUACAAGGAAUUUCUGCAAAGACAGAAUACUGGGGAGAGGAGCUCUGAGCUGUGUUUUUAGAGGCAGAGUUGGGUUUCGAAGAACUGCAGUUGCGAUUAAGCGGUUAGACAAUGAAGACAAGGAGUCUGCGAAGGCGUUCUGCAGGGAAUUGAUGAUUGCGAGUUCUCUCCAUAAUCGAAAUGUUGUUCCACUUGUGGGUUUCUGCAUUGAUCCAGAAGAGGGUCUAUUCUUGGUCUACAGAUAUGUUUCUGGAGGAAGUUUGGAGCACUAUCUGCACGAUAAGAAGAAAGGGAUAAAGGGUCGUCCCUCACUUUCAUGGCCUGCAAGAUUCAAGGUUGCGACCGGAAUUGCUGAGGCGAUAGCCUAUCUACACAACGGGACUGAAAGAUGUGUUAUUCACAGAGACAUUAAACCUUCUAACAUCCUACUUUCUUCCAAACAAACUCCCAAGCUUUGUGAUUUUGGAUUAGCUACAUGGACUGCUGCCCCUUCAAUGCCUUUCCUCUGCAAAACUGUGAAAGGAACAUUUGGUUAUUUGGCUCCUGAAUAUUUCCAGCAUGGGAAAGUCUCUGAUAAAACGGAUGUAUAUGCUUUUGGGGUUGUCCUACUGGAGUUGAUAACAGGCAGGAAACCAAUUGAGGCCAAAAGACCACCUGGAGAUGAGAACUUGGUUUUGUGGGCAAAACCGCUUUUAGAACAAGGAGGAGCAAUGCAUGAGUUGCUCGAUCCAGAACUUAAACUUGGUCAACACAAUUCUACUCAAAUGACUCAAAUGAUUCAAGCUGCCGCUGCCUGCAUCAGCAGUGAAGAAUCAAGAAGACUAAGCAUUGAUCAUGUCAUUGCUAUAUUGCGAGGGGAUGAAUGUUAUAACUCAAACGGGAGUAUACCUGCUUAUGCUGGGAAUGGCUGUAUUCUUGAUUGCUAUCCACAUUCACAACAGACAAAGAGUGACAUGCAGAGUCAUUUAGCUCUGGCUAUGCUGGGGGUCUCAGACCUCGAGGAUGAUGACCACUUCUACUGUCGUUGAAACAAAUCACAGAUAACAGUUUGUUUCUGCCACUUUUCUUUUCUUUCUUUUUUUUUAUAUUGCCUGUCCGGCAAAGGAAAGAGAAAACUAGUGAGAAUAGGUGGAAGAGAAAUGAGUACAAAAACUUGUACAUAGUGAAGAAUUCUAAUGAGGGAUUGUGUGUGUUUGUGUUUAUAUCUUUCAUUCACCCAUCCCAAAUCUCAAGGAAUGUAAUGAAGUCUUGUUCUCAAUCUUUCAGGUGUUAAAGAGUGCCACAUUCUGUCAA